UCUUCUUUCCUGUCAGCUGUCCUUUUAGUGUAAGGAAUGUGUUGUGGGAUGAUAAAUAACAUUCAACUUAAAUAUUCACCAUACUGGAACGACAAAUGAAAUAAUGUUUGCGGCGUGCUGAAGUUUGAGGCCGUAAGCUGGACAUCGUGAAGUGGUUUUGUCUGGACAGGCUCAUCAUGUGUGCAUCAGGGAAGUACGGUUCACGGGGCCCUGCUCUCAUACCCCGCAUGAAGACUAAACACCGGAUCUACUACAUCACCCUCUUCUCUGUGGUCUUGCUGGGAUUGAUCGCAACAGGGAUGUUCCAGUUCUGGCCUCACUCCAUUGAGUCUUCAGCCGAAUGGAGUCUGGACCGCCGCAGUGUGCACGAUGCUCCUUUGGUCAGGAUUCCUGUGAACAGUCCUAUUCCUGGGAGGGGUGACCUGAGCUGCCGGAUGCACACCUGCUUUGAUGUUUAUCGCUGUGGAUAUAAUCCUAAGAACAAAAUCAAGGUGUACAUCUAUCCACUUCAGAGGUUUGUGGAUGAAGUAGGAGUGCCCAUCAGUAGCACUGGCCUGUCUCGAGAAUACAAUGACCUGCUGAGCGCCAUCUCGGACAGUGACUUCUACACUGAUGAUGUGUCUAGAGCGUGUCUGUUUGUACCUUCUAUUGAUGUGCUGAAUCAGAACUCUCUGCGUAUUCGAGAAACUGCUCAGGCACUGGCCAUGCUGCCCAGGUGGGACAAAGGCAUGAACCACCUGCUGUUUAACAUGCUUCCUGGAGGACCUCCUGACUACAAUACAGCUCUGGAUGUGCCAAGAGACAGAGCCCUGCUGGCUGGGGGAGGCUUCUCCACAUGGACCUACAGACAAGGUUAUGAUGUCAGCAUACCUGUGUAUAGCCCUUUAUCUGCUGAGGUGGACCUUCCUGAGAGGCAACCCGGUCCUCGGCGCUACUUCAUUCUGUCAUCUCAGACAGCCAUUCAUAGGGAAUACCGUGUGGAACUGGAAAGGCUGAAGGAUGAGAAUGGGGAGGCCCUGCUUCUGUUAGACAAAUGCAGUAAUCUCUCUCAGGGUUUGACCUCGGUUAGAAAGCGCUGCUAUAAAGGACAGGUGUACGACUACCCACAAAUUUUACAGGAGUCGUCAUUCUGUGUGGUUCUGCGUGGGGCUCGAUUAGGCCAAGCCACGCUCAGUGACGUGCUGCAAGCGGGAUGUGUCCCUGUCAUCAUGGCUGAUUCUUAUAUUCUGCCUUUCUCUGAAGUGCUGGACUGGAAAAGGGCGUCUGUUGUCAUUCCAGAAGAAAAGUUGCCAGAGAUGUACACCAUUUUGAAGAGCAUACCUCACAGACAAGUGGAGGAGAUGCAGAGACAGGCUCGCUGGUUUUGGGAAGCCUACUUCAGCUCCAUGAAGGCUAUUGGCAUGACGACUCUCCAGAUCAUUAAUGAUCGCAUUUACCCAUAUGCAGCUCAUACCUAUGAAGAAUGGAACAAUCCUCCUGUGGUUAAAUGGUCGAGUGUGAACAGUCCACUUUUCCUUCCUCUCAUACCGCCACGCUCUCCUGGGUUCACAGCUGUCGUGUUGACUUAUGAUCGUAUUGAAAGCCUUUUUAGGGUCAUCACUGAGAUCUCCAAGGUGCCCAGUUUGGCCAAACUACUGGUGGUGUGGAACAACCAGAACAAAAGCCCACCUGAAGAGUCACUGUGGCCCAAAGUCGCAGUGCCUCUUAAAGUGGUCCGCACCAAAGAAAACAAGCUCAGCAAUCGAUUCUUUCCGUUUGAUGAGAUCGAGACAGAAGCUGUCCUGGCCAUUGACGAUGACAUCAUCAUGUUAACCUCAGAUGAGCUACAGUUUGGAUAUGAGGUAUGGCGUGAGUUCCCUGACAGGCUGGUUGGAUAUCCUGGUCGGCUCCAUUUAUGGGAUCAUGAAAUGGGCAAAUGGAAAUACGAAUCUGAAUGGACUAAUGAAGUAUCCAUGGUCUUGACUGGUGCUGCUUUCUACCAUAAGUAUUUCAACUAUCUCUACACCUAUAAAAUGCCUGGAGACAUCAAGAACUGGGUGGAUGCUCACAUGAACUGUGAGGAUAUUGCUAUGAACUUCCUUGUGGCCAACAUCACUGGAAAAGCACCAAUAAAGGUUACUCCUCGGAAGAAAUUUAAAUGCCCGGAGUGCACAGCAAUUGAUGGGUUGUCCUUGGACCAGACACACAUGGUGGAGAGGUCUGAGUGCAUAAACAAGUUCGCCUCUGUGUUCGGCACCAUGCCUCUGAAGGUUGUCGAGCACCGUGCUGAUCCUGUACUCUACAAAGACGACUUCCCAGAGAAACUCAAAAGUUUCCCCAACAUUGGCAGUCUGUGACACUACCACAGCGACUCUUUCCCACCACUUAUUUUUUUUCUCUCAGACAGGCUACGGGCACUCCGGGAUUUCUCUUUAUGUUCCUUAUCUGACCUAAUGACUCUGGAGGAGUGUUGUUCCACUGUUUUGUGAUGGGAACUCACACACUGUAUAACUUAUUAUGUUUUCACUCUUGAGGACAGUUGCUGAAACAACAGUUGCGACGCAUCAAAGCAGUGGAUGAUUUCUAUGAGGACUGGUCACAAGCCGAAACCUUCCUUGUGGCUGACACCUGUGUAUCUGUGUGAGAAAAGUGAACACUUUGAGGUGUAUCACAAUCCACUGGUAAACAGUGGAGACUAUGUAUUAAUGUAAUUUUACAUUUAACUUUUUUAUUUUAAAGAUAUGCAUCAUGCUGAACAAAUUGUAGCAUAACUUGAACUGAAUAUCUGAGAUGUCGGAAUUAGUUUGUACAUGAGAUAUUGUUUUGCACAGUCACUGAUUUUAAUAUUACACUUUGAGUGCUAUCAGUUUGACAUUUCAUUUUAUAUUCAGUUGCUGACUUUUUGAAUGUUGCUGGAGAAAAGAAAAAGUAUUUUAUAUAAAUGUUCGCUAUUAUGUCUUUCCUUUGUUAAAGCAUAUUUGCGUAUUAAUAGAUAUUAAAAUACACUAUUUGCAGAAUUAUAUGCUGUACAGCUGAUACGGUUAUAUACCGCAAGAUUUCAAAGAUUAUUAGUCUCAUUUAGGUUUCUCAGUUUCCUCCUUUGAUUUGUUUUUUGUUUGUUUGUUUUUUUUAUAGUAAGAUGUAUUAUAUGUAAUAAACAGUGAGUGUGUAACACUAAAA